CGCACGACGUCACCCUCGCCGUCCUUCUCCCGCGCAUCGCCCGUCGCCGUCGCCGUCGCAGGCUGUCCGUCAGCCUCCCGUGCGUGUCCAUGCCAGUCGACCCCAGGCGGAGUGAGCCAUGACGCGUCGAUCGGAGCGCGUCAGUCGAGCACAGGCAGAGGCGGACCACGACCGCUGCUUCGAAGCAGUCACUCGUAUGUCAGUCUCUGACCCCUCCAGACCGUCGCUCUCUCGCACGUACAUACCUUAUCACUCCUCCAGCCGCUCCUUCGUCUCCCGAUAUUCCUCUCUUCGCCCGCGAUGUUCAUCUUCGGUCGUCCGCCACCUCCCGGGCCGCCGCGCCUCGCCAUUCCCGAGCUGCUCUUCGAGAUCUUCCGCGACGCGCGCCUGAGCAGGCGAGAUCUGUCGCACGCGGCGCUGGUGUGCAGGGCGUGGCACGCUGUCGCGGACGUGGUGCUCUGGGAGGACAUGCCGGGUCUCGCGCCGCUCCUGAUGCUCAUGCCUGCGGAUGCCUGGACGAUGACCCCAUCGAAGAGGAGGGUGGAGAAACAGACACUCACCUUCCGCCGUGCACUGCGCGCCUCCGACUGGGCGAAUGUCGCCACUCGAUCGUGCUCCGUUCGGCGGCUUACCCUCUUCGGCGCCCCACCAAAUUGCGUCCAGCGCGCCAUCAUCGCCUGCCCACCACCCGCGAACCUGCUUCCCAAGCUGCAGACGCUCACCCUCACCCAGCUCGUGGCCCGGCUCGGGAGCGGGGACACCUUCGCCACCGCGCUGGCCAGCGCCUUCCUCCACAUGCUCCUCAGUAGCAGCGCGGGCGGCCCCUGCUCCUCGCCCCGCCACCUGCGCCUCCGCGACUGCGCGCCCGACCUCGCCCGGCACGUCCUCGACCACCCACUCGCCGCCCGCCUCGAGGACGCCACGCUCGACGUGCGCCUCACCGACCUCGCGCGCCUCCCCGCGCCGCCCACCCUCCGCCGCCUCCGCGUGCACGCGCUCGACGACGCGCGCCGCGCCCUCCCGCUCCUGCCGCGCACCCUCCGCGACAUCCUCCCCGCCCACCGCGCGCUCGCCCGCCUCGCGCACGUCGAGAUCACGGGCCCGGUGCAGCUCUUCGACGCCGACGUCGCCGCGGUCGCGCGCGCGUGGCCGGCGCUGCAGACGCUCGUGCUCGCCCCGCACGCGACGGGCGCGUCGUGCCUGACGCUCGGCGCGCUCGUCCCGCUCGCGCGGCACUGCCCAAAGCUCGAGUUCAUCGCGCUGCCGCUGUGCGCGCUGGACGUGCCGAGCGAGGGCGCGGGGGGACACUACUACCUCGGCGGUCGCUCGGUUGCCCCCCUCGGUGGUCGCCCAGUUGCCUCCCUCGACGCCGCCCCCCUCGUCCUCGUCUUGUGGCGCGCGCUAGGACGCUCGGACAGAAACUACGGCGCCCAUGUGCCCGACUACGAUCCCGUUCUCCUCGCCAAGUUCCUCGUGUCGCUGUUCCCCGGGAUCCAGCGCGUGUCGAACGACUUGGCGGCGGAGCGCGUGGCGAAGGGACUCGCCAAGGAGAAGGUCGAGGACUACUGGGACACGCCAGUAGAGCAAGGCAUCUGGGACGAGCUCGAGCGCGCUAUGCCCAUGGUGCGUCCGCGCUAGCCAAGGGCGCGCCCGCGAGGGGUCGUGGACGGUGGAGCACGAGUCGUAGCACUUGGGUGGUGUUUCGAUGGUCGACGAAGUAGCGCCAUGUUAUCAGGCAAGUAUCCCUUUUGUCUCCCAGUCUCACUCGGUUUUGGAUGGAUAUUACGGUAGACCGGCUUCCGCACCCUGCUAUUUAUCAUAGUAGUGCCAC